AUGACUACUACAAGAGCAUUGGAUUAUGCACAGGACUUUGUUGACUUUGUCAAUGCGUCACCAACACCAUACCAUGCUGUCAACAUAGCCAAGGGUCUUCUUAAACAAGCAGGGUUUGAGGAGCUCGUGGAAAGAAACAACUGGGACUCCAGUCACUCAUUGCAGAAAGGCGGGAAAUACUAUGUGACAAGAAACGGUUCUUCGUUGAUUGCCUUCACCGUGGGUGACAAGUUUGAGAACGGGAACGGUAUUGCCAUUGUGGGUGCCCACACGGACUCCCCAUGUCUCCGAAUCAAACCGAUCUCCAAGAAAACAGCCGAGGGGUUCAUCCAGGUCGGGGUUGAGCAGUACGGUGGGUUGAUUGCCCACUCGUGGUUCGACAGAGACUUGUCGAUUGCAGGACGAGUCUAUGUGAAGGAGGGUGACAAGUUCAUUCCCAAGUUAUUGAAGGUGGACAAACCAUUGUUGAGAAUCCCCACUUUGGCCAUCCAUUUGGACCGUGAGGUCAACACCAAGUUUGAGUUCAACCGUGAAACCAAGUUAGUCCCAAUUGCGGGACAGGUUUCCGUGGACAAGAACGAAUCACCAAAGACAUGUGCCGACGACCCUGCAUUGAAGAUGACACCCGAAGAGUUUGAGUCCGUCCAAAGCGUUGUCACCCGCCACAGCGAAUCAUUGGUGGAGUUGAUUGCCAGAGAGUUGGAUGUGACACCACAACAAAUCGAGGAUUUCGAAUUGGUCUUGUUUGACCACCAGAAAUCAGUCAUGGGAGGGUUGAAUGACGAGUUUAUCUUUUCUCCAAGAUUGGACAACUUGACAUCGUGUUUCACUGCCACUAGGGCCAUUAUUGAAUCAGUGGACAAGUUAGGCAACAAUAGUGGUAUUUCCAUGAUCUCCCUUUUCGAUCACGAGGAAAUUGGUAGUCGUUCUGCCCAAGGUGCUGAUUCGACGUUUUUACCAGAUAUCAUCCAACGAUUAACCAAAGUAGAUUUUGAUGGCAAAGGAGCCCCACACGACUACUUCCACCAGACAAUGUCCAAAUCCUUCUUGUUGUCGUCUGACAUGGCUCACGGUGUGCAUCCAAACUAUGGCGAGAAAUACGAGGCGCAGAACCGCCCACAGUUGAACAAGGGUCCUGUUAUCAAGAUCAAUGCCAACCAGAGAUACGCCACCAACUCACCUGGCAUUGUGUUGCUCAAGAAGGUGGCCGAUAAGGCACAAGUUCCAUUGCAGUUGUUUGUUGUGAGAAACGACUCGCCAUGUGGAUCCACCAUCGGGCCUAUUUUAGCUGCCAAGUUGGGUAUCAGAACCUUGGACUUGGGAAACCCGCAAUUGUCGAUGCAUUCGAUCAGAGAAACCGGAGGGACAUUCGAUGUUGUCAGGUUGACAGAUUUAUUCAGAUCCUAUUUCGAGAACUACACAGAUGUCGAUGAGAAAAUCUUAUGUGACCAUCUUUAG